AUGGACUCAUACAAGAUCGAUGGAGUAAGCCUACUCUCGAAUAUAGAGUUUUCUGAUGAGGGAAUCCGUGUAUGGACAGUGUAUGGCGUGGGAACCGGAAAGCUGAUAUCGCAGAUACCUGAGGCUCCGUUAUCAAACAGGCUACCGUCCUUGGUAAAACGCCAGGCGCACCCAAGCUCAUUCUCAUCGGGUGUGAAAAGACGAGCACAUGGCGCGCAUCCGAGUGGUAUCCGCAGCACUGACGAUAAGACCGAAACUGAAGAAGAGCACUCAGCAUCGCGCGAGGCACUGUUCACGUGUCCUGAGGAAGGUUGUACACAGACAUUCCUGAGGCACUCCUCCAUGAUGCAGCACUUGGAUUGUGGAACACACAAGCGCGCUUUAGAGAACGAGACACUCUUCGACAAACCUGCCCAACCGAUAUGCAGAACAACUCGAGGGGCAAGUCAUGGUGGUGCCAGUAGUCAGCACUGUCAGCACACGAGCAGGUCACACAGACAGCCAACCCAUGGGCUGGGCACUCAAGCCACGUGCUACACGGAGGACUAG